UUGCCAAACGAUUGGUAAUUUUUCCAGCUGUCAACUGAGAUAAAUAUUUGUUUCUUUGAUUUUUAAGGGGGAACAAUAAAUUAAUUGUAUAAAAUAUAACGAAAAUGGCAGCGAGGCGCGAUGUUGCAACAUUAAUUCAACGACUGCGUGCAUUCCUGCUGGGCCGUGAACACACAUUGGCUUUACGUUUCGAGGAUGGCGUAGCUGAGCGCACGCAACCACCCCCAGAGGUUCCUGGUGGUCCUGCACAUCUAAUUGCCGCAAAUUUCUACUAUAAACGUGAUCCACGUCGGGAAGUACAACCGCCCAUUGAUGUUGUACAGCAACAACUAUUAGCCGACAAGGCAGGAGAGAAAACCGAAAAGUUGCCAACACCAGGGUCAGUUUAUCGUUGGGAUUAAAUAACAAAAUGUACAUAUAGCAAACAGUUAAAGGCAUAAAAAUUCGAUUGUGAAUCGAAAGUAAUUUAAAACUA